AUGGCACCUAAGAAGUCACGCUCGAAUUCUCCUGCGACCGAGUCCCGUAAACGCUUGACCUUGAUGAACCUGGCCAGUUAUGACGAUGUCGCAACGGAUGCGCUGGUCGAUCACGCUCAUUUCUGGACCACCACACGCAAGAACCGUAUCAAAUACAGCCCGGCUCGCGGGAUCCACGAUGACGACGUAGGGCGCAUUCUCCUUCAUGAUGUAGUCGUUGCCAAAGACAUUCCGACAGCGGAGAGCAAGCUACUGCAACUGCCAGGCCUGAGGAAAUACAUGGCCAAUCUGGCUAAUUUUCGCGAAAAGGAAUGGUUCUGUCGUCAUCUCCGCAAAUAUAUUCAAAUGUAUCACCCUGACUGUCCGUUCGAGGUCACCACCACCAACCGGUACAUCAUUACACAACACGAGGCCGCUAUUUGCGCUCGCAAGUUCAUUCAAGCCGGACAGGAGAUCAAAUUUCUUGCGGGAACCUUGGUUUCCAUGACCAAAAAAGAGGAAACCGACCUGGGAGAAAGGGAUUUCAGUGUGGUCAUGUCCAGUCGCCGGAAGACCCCUUCGUUCUUCCUCGGUCCCGCUCGGUUUGCCAACCAUGACUGUGACGCCAAUGGACGUCUAGUCACUCGAGGCAACGAGGGAAUGUCCGUAAUGGCCACUCGAAAUAUUUACGAGGGGGAAGAAAUUACUGUGUCAUAUGGGGAGGACUACUUUGGUAUUGACAAUUGUGAAUGUCUAUGCUUGACCUGCGAACGCGCUGCCCGUAAUGGCUGGGCACCCCAGCCACAUGUGGACUUGGAUGCGAAUAGCAAAGAAUCUACACCAGCAUUGAAUGACGGAGACACAUCCACAGAAGGGCCUAGCAAGAAACGCCGCCACGCUGACUCCGAACUGGACACGGAGGAUCCACCCUCCUUAUGUUCUACCCCGCGCAAGCGAGCGAAGUUCCAACGCCAGGUUUCUAAAUUACGAGAGGAGAUCUCCCUUACUGAGGUCACCACAACCCCAGAGUCUGACCUUCCUCCCACGCCUGCUUCCGAUUCUGGUUCUAUUGCGGUUUCUACCACGACCAUGGUUGAUCGUCAUUCUAAGCUUAGGCAAGAGAUCAAUGUUACCGGAAUUGUUGACCUGACUGCUGGUUCACUCUCAACCACUCCGGUACCGGACCGGUCAGCCCUUUCUGCGAUUAACGACGCCCCAGUCAUUCCAAUCGAGUCAAUUGAACCUAACAAUGCACCGGCCGCGAGCCCCACUAAUUGUCCAUCACCUGGCUCUACAACCGCUGAAUCUCCGCGAUCAUCUACUUCAAGUGUUCCUACCUCGGUUACUGAGACUGGUCUCAAAAGCCAGACUGACGAACUCCUGCAGACAAUCAGGGGCGGCAUCACUGAGAUCCCUGCCAUUCAGUCGGGCGAGGCCAUACUUUCGAGCGAAACAAAAUCGCUUGAGCUGAAGGAAACUCUCGAGACAGCCUCCGACAAACCCAAGACCCGUGGGCGCCGACGCAAAUGGCACGUCGUUAAUUCCGUUGAAGAAGAGACGCCCACGGCGCGAGUUCCAGGAGACUACACAAGAACGGCUCGACUUCUAGCUCAAAAGUAUGAUCGCUGGGUAGAAUGCCAGACCUGUGACUCUUGGUUUGUGCAAUCAAAUUCAUACCAGACCCGUCGCGAAUGCCCUCGCUGCGAGCGACACUCCAAACUGUAUGGAUUCCAGUGGCCAAAAACAGACGAUAGCAAUGAUGGUGAAAGCCGGGCGAUGGAUCACCGCACUAUCCAUCGAUUCCUCUCUCCUGAAUCCGAGGCGCGUGCGCGUGUGUCUCGUCGAGACCGCGGUGUCAGUUUUGGUAUCACCCCUACUCCUGAACUUUCGGAUACUCGAGCCGAUUCAGAAUCGAUUGAUAUUCUGGAGCCUCGUCGCAAUACGCGUGCGAGCCGCCGCCUCACCCGGGAGCUGCGACUGACGAUGUAA